CAUUGUUUCGCCUCGCCAUCUCGCUAUUCUCUAUCCGUGACGACCUUCUUUUCUGUUGUUUGCCCCCAAGCGCUGAAUUUUCCGAGAGUUGGCAAACGACACAACCAGCGGAAUUGGGAACAUUAUGGCCGUGGGUCAAGGCCAGCAACAGCAUCUACCCAUCCUCGCCAUCGCGGCCGGUGUCGCCGCACACCACGGCGUCUUUAGAAAUGGCGAGUGGCAUUUGCACGGCCCGCACAUCAUUGCUGCUCAUCUCGUCCUCGGCGCCGCCACUGCGUAUUACCUCAGCUACUUUGACGAUGCUCUCACUGCUGUCCUCGGCCGCCUCGCCGUUCUGGCUACGGCAUACCUGGGUGGUCUAUUCUCUAGCAUGACCAUAUACCGUCUCUACUUUCAUCGCCUUUCUCGCUUCCGCGGUCCCAGGCUUGCUGCCAUCACCAAGCUGUGGCAUGUCUGGCAGGUGAAGGACUCGACGAAUUAUUUAUUCCAACAGAAAAUAUAUGAGAAAUACGGCACAAUCGUGAGAACAGGACCAAAUGAGAUCACGCUUUUCCACCCUGCUGCCUUCGACCUACUCGAUGGUUUCAAGAACGAGACGACAAGAGACGUCUGGUAUGACAUCGUUCGGCCAAGAACUUCUGCCAUCUUCACUCGCGACAAGAUGGAGCAUAAGGUAGGUCGUAAAUUCUGGGCGCAAGGUUUGUCGAGCCAAGCGAUGAACGAUUAUUACCCUCGCAUUGCCAGUCUUGUCCGGGAGCUCUCGCGUUGCAUCGGCUCGUUUGGUGACAGGCCCGUAGACAUCGACCAGGUCAUGUCGUGGUAUUCAUGGGAUGUCAUGGGAGAGGUGCUCUUCGGCGAGGACUUUAACCUAACUAAAUCGCGAGUGACACACCCCGGUAUCAAACACCGGGAUCGUGCUUUGGCUUUGGCGGGACCUCUCGGUGAUGCUAUAUGGAUCGCCCUCCUCGGAUUCCAGCUUCUCCCGCCCGUUGGAAGAGUCAAUGACUGGCGCCGCAUGAUACAGUUCUGCGAAGAUCACAUGAAAUUGCGUCUUGAACGUGGUGGCAAUGGCAAGACAGACAUGGCCCAAUACUUCAUCGAAGAAUACCAAAAUACAGCAGCAACCAAAACUAAAAAGACUAGGGAUCUCCAUCUCGCCGGCACAGCGGUGACAGCCGUUGUCGCAGGAAGUGAUACUACGCGUGCUGUUCUCAUCGGUGUCUGGUGGUUCCUAUCAAAGUACCCAGAACACGCCAAAAAGGUCCAAGCCGAGGUGGAUAGUAUCGAUCCAAACGACGCGAAUGCCCUUGCCGCGCUCCCUCAUCUUAACGGCGUAGUGAACGAAGCCCUCCGGCUUGUCCCGCCAGUCAUGACGGGAGGCAACAGAAUCACAGGUCCGAACGGAAUGUUGAUCGAUGAUGUGCUGAUCCCCCCAGGGGUAAAAGUAACAUGCCCGAAAUACGUUCUCCACAGAAUGGAAUCCAUGUGGGUGCAGCCGAAUGACUUCAUUCCCGAACGGUGGUACUCACGUCCAGAACUCAUCGUCGACAAGCGAGCAUUUGCGCCAUUCUCUACUGGCGCCCGGUACUGUCUAGGCAAGAAUAUGGCCAUGAAUGGGCUACGCCUCGUUGUGACGAUCAUACUCCAGGACUACGAUGUCGGUUUUGCUCCUGGCUACGACGAGGAAACCAUAUGGCGCGAUAUGAGAGACCAGGUCACCUGUCAACCGGGAGCGGUCCAUUGCGUGUUCCGGCCGCGGAAGUCGAUAAAAUGAGCUAUCCUUAUCUGAAACAGGCAAGGCAUGGAGGGAGCGCUUACGGUUGUUUUCUGGUUGCGGCAUGGGAACCGCAAUGGGGAGUGGUUGGAGUUGGGAUUGUAAGGCGCAGCAUGCUUAAUUGAGAGAAUUGUAGGGGAUUUCUUGA